AAGUUUGCAUUUUUCCUACAUGCUUGAAAUGUUGACAUCAUGUUGACCAUACCAGCACCUCAUCACUGUGAUAGUUUGCUCGGCGCUUGAUAAACUAACUGCAGCACAGCUUUGACUCAUUUUGGCUGUUAAUUAAAAUACUGACGAAAACGACUUGACAUGAUGAUGGAUAAAGACUGGGCUAUUUUCCAAGGCUCUUUCCUCUUGGCUGACAAAUUGUCCCUGCCUGCCUCCCUGAGCUCCCUUCAGAAAUGUGACUGGCACAAGGUGUGCAAGCCAGUCCUGGACACCAUGAGGGAAAUCUGUGGCGUGCAGGAUAUCCACAGUCAUCAUGGAGGCAAAGCCGCCACUUGGAGGAAACAGUUAGUUUGUGUGGUGUGGUUAAAGUUAUUGAGCAGGGAGAAUGGGGAAGAUCUUGAGGCGGCAUGGAAGGAAAACACUUUCUUUCCUCUGGAGAAGCCCCUCCCAGAAGUCAGCCAUACAGUGCUGAUGGAGCUGAUCAAAUCUUUGUCUGCUGCCGACAUAUUUGCUCAUUUUCUGCUGUGUCUUCCUCGACAUCAGAUGUGUUCUGAGUUGGAACGGGUGCGGGAACAUGUGAAAAGCAGCCCUGUGGGUGAGGAUGAUGUCCAAUUCUUUCUUGAGUUGUGGUGGCAACUUUGGAAAGGCAGUGUUGAGAAGGAUAACGUCGAAGUAUUGUUUGCUGAGCGUGUCGCUCAUCUGACUUCUCAGCCUGCCAGUUUGACUCAUCCGGCUGCCAAGAGGCCCAAACUCGACUUAUCAGCAUUACCGCACAACACGGAUGUUUUGGACAUUCUCCUUCACACGCUCACAGAUCUGAACGAUUUUAUAUUAAAACCAGAGCAUGGCAUACGCGCGCUCUCCAAUUGCCUGGAUGCACUUUACACAACAUUCCUCACAGAUCCGUCAGUCUUCAUUCCAAUUAAGGACAAGAUAGUGUUCCUGUCCAAAGCCAUGAGCGUCAGAGAAAACACUAACAAAAUGGGUUCAGCCCUUAUAGAGGAGGCUCAACGAGAUCUCCGCGCCUCUUACACCCAAUCCCAGUUUCAGCCUGGUAGAUUGAGCUUCUCUGAAGCCUUGAAAAGUGUGACUGCGCUCACCCAGUUCUGGCAUGACCAACGUUUGCUGGAAGCUUGUAGCAGCUCUCCAUCUACUUACACAGCUUUCAGACUACAGCAAAGUAUCCACAGAAUAUCGAGGCUUCUAGAAGAAGCUGACAUGACGGGAGAAGGGGAAGAUGAGAAGAAUCAACUCCGAAGUUUAUUGGCGUCAAUGACCUUCCCCGUUUUUGAGAGCUCUACAGAGAUGAGCAUGAGGGUUGCCAUGACCAUCAUUAGUCACCAGCUGGAGGACUACCAGGGCGUCACUGUGUUGUUUGCUAGUGAGGAGAGCUGGUUGGCUCAUGAGGAACAGUGGCUGGAUUGCCUUGAAAAGAACCAAACAGCCUUCCAGCAGUGUGACACACUUGUCCAACUGGCCUCCACCCUCAUUAAUCGACUCCAGAGCGAAAGGUUCAAAGUCUGCCAAUGCAAAAGGCUGCUCAAAGUUGUCACGGCCGUGUUUACGUCACUCUGUUUAGAAGAAAAGAAUACAGUUUUGGCUGCCAUACUGCAAUUAUCAAGCAAGGGCUUCUUUGGAUGCGCGGGAUCCUCCGAUUUGAUCGCCAGCUUUGAACAGGAGCUGAACAUGGCCUUCAACUGCAUCAUCCAGGGAGGAGGCGGCGCUCCAAAAGCAGAGGGCAACCUCAGCACAGCAGUGUCUUUAGUUGCCAGAGUGGCGUUUCAGAAUCCGGAGGCUACCUUAAGAUCUUGCUGCCAUUCGGCAAUCUUUAAUAAAGGGGCAUUCACUCUCAUGAGUAAAAUCCUGCAGCAGUUGCCCGGCCUCAGCGUUGUGACUGGACAGACAGAAAAAGGCCACGAGAGGAGAAAGCCCAAACGUCUACUCUGCAGGAUUCUACAGGAAGUAGUGAGCGCCAGAUCACUCUCAGACAAUGAAAAAGACCAACUACUUAAGUUUGUGGCUCUGUUGAUGGUACCAGUUUCAAUGAGUGAACGUGAAUACCACAGCCUUCUGUCGCCUCAGGAGCUUGUCAACACCUUUGUCCUGUCUAACCUUUGUCUCGCUGGCGACAACGCUGAUCUUGAUUUAGGCCUACAACUUCUCAAAGCUGCCUUGUCUGUGGACGUCCAGGAAGUAGCCUCGUCCUCAUCGCACUGGGUGAUGGACUGCUCACCUUUUCCCCUACUCUACAUCCUGGCUCAGCUGCUCGACCAGGCACUAAGGUGUUGGGAGCAACCACCUGAGGUCGCCGUCCACCGGUGGUCCAUGGACACCAAAGAGCUCCUGGCCUCCGCGCUGAGCACAGUGGCACAAGUCGUGGGCGUCCAGGUGGAAAACGCUCCGAGUCGGUGGUCCAGAGCUCUGUUCUGGCUCCACGAUAAAAUGAAGGGACUAGACUGGACGGUUUAUUUCUACCUAAAACCUGUGUGGGGCCAACACUUCAAAAAUGAAGUUCCCUCAUCUCUGCUGGCAGUGUGUGAUCUUCCUGAGCAGGAGUGGUCGGGUGUUAACCUGCCACAAUACGGACAAGGCACAGGUCUUUUGGCGUGGAUGGAGUGCUGCGCCUUGUCAGACUCCCUUCGGUCUACCAUGUUGUCUUGUCUGGCUCUGGACCAGAGCAAGUGGGAACACUUGGGCAUGUUCAGCAAGGGUCUACUGGUGGCGUUAACCCAGGUGCUGCCCUGGUGUUCCAUCCCCCAGUGCAGCAGAUUAAUAGGAGCCUUGAAGGAGCUGAUCACCUCAGGUCGCCUCCAUGUGCCUUUCUCACUGGAGUAUGUGGAAUUCCUGCCUCUACUCGAUCUGAGGAGGUUCUCCUAUGAACUCUGCCUCUCGGUCCUCAUGCUGCGAGUCCUGCAGCUGCUCUGUGGUUCCAGCUGCUCUCAUUGGCUGACGGGAGACGCCUGGGCUCACGUUGCCAGAUUAUACGCUCACAUAGUGAGGGAGCUGAUGAACUCUCUUAGAGCCAAAUUAGCCCUGCCCACAUCCGGCACGCUGACAGGCUCGCCGAAAGAACAGAGCAGUUUGAAAGACGAAGCGCAUAUUGUUGAACAGGUUCCAAGUCAGGAGGUCCUUUUCGUUCUCGGGCAGGUCUUCUGUCAUGUCCAACACAUUCAGGUGAUGAUGCCAGGAGGACAGAGUGAACCUCUCUUCCUGUCCAGCCUGGAAAUCCUCAGUCACUACCAGGCCAUUAUGGGCACUUUCCCGAAAAGCAGUAGCUCACUGGAGAAUGAAAACACCAAAUACUUCUUUUACACCAUCACAGAGAACCUGGAGAACCAGGAAAUGAAGUCUGUUCUACAACAGAAGAUCGCUCAACUUGGAUGAUCUCAUCCUCUCACUGUUAUUCUCAUGCUCAGAUGUAAUGGAUUAGUUUUCUAUAGCUUUACGUAAUACAUUUUGUCGUUUGACAUCAAAGGCGUAGGUUUUAAUACUGCAGUCAAGCCAGCCGGUCAGUUUUCACUUGCACUUCCCAUUCAUUUUAUUGUACGGAGACACAGGGUGCACAUGUGUGUGGAUCCUCUUGCCCUAAUACAAUGAUGUCACCCAGUGUUUUAGUACAGCGACCCAGAGUUUGGACUGCCACAUGGAGAGCAUGUUUAAAACACCCAUGGGAGAAAAAAGAUGGAAACUCCUCAGCCUGAUAAAAACAUCCUUUGACAUGCAUUUCAUACAGAUUGUGUCUAGUUUAUGAGGUGAUAUUCAAUGUGUGCUAUUAAUUACAGUAAUAAAUGGAAAAAAUGCGUUAUUAGGAAAAUAAGAGGUGUCAAAGGUCAAAUACCUUGAAGCUAAUGACCUCGGAAGCAGGUUAGUAAUGAAAAUCACAAUAGAAAAAAAGGUAACAUACAGUGAGGAGCAGAAGUAUUUGCACCCCUUGUGAUAUUGCAAGUUUACCCAGAAAAUACGUAGAGGUCUGAGAUUUCAGUCAUAGAUGCAUUUCCACUCAUGGACACACUGAAUCUAAUAAAUCCAGAGAUCGCAUUGUAUGAUUUUUAAAAUUUG